CAAUCAGACGCAGGUAGUAGAAUGAACAUUUCAUUAGCACCACUAGGUGGAAUCAUGACGGUGGAACGAAAGACAUGUUUCACAGAUCUGACGGGCGUUCUCGAGCCUUUAAAAAGAUGGGAGACCACGCGAGAGGACAGCCUGAAGCAAACCUCUGCUUCUCAUUAUUGUUCACUCUCGGAACUGUAUCAUCCCCUCAGCAGAUUAGAGAAAAACAGGGGGAGCGAGUGAUAUAGCGGAUUCCAUCAAACCCAAUUGAGAUGACUACUACGAAAUUAUGUUACAUGGGGCUAGGCCGAUUAUUUUGUCUCAAUUGGCUCCUCCAUCUAUUAACAUUCAAAACCAGAUGACAAUUUA